GCAGAGGACACCUGGCCGAGCUACUCAGCUACUGGCAGUGUGUGGGCAAAGACAAAAGCUCCAUGGCUGCAGAGUACUUCGACGCGCUGAAGCAGUAUGAGAAGACCUGCGCCGGCGGCGACGGCCUGAUCUGCCUGGCUGAUCUCUACGAGACGCUGGGCCGCUUUCUCAAGGAUCUGGGCCUCCUCAGCCAGGCCGUCGUACCUCUGCAGCGGUCCCUAGAAAUCCGAGAGACGGCUUUGGAUCCAGACCACCCGAGAGUAGCCCAGUCUCUGCGCCAGCUGGCGAGCGUGUACGUGCAGUGGAAGAAGUUCGGGAACGCGGAGCAGCUGUACACACAGGCGCUGGAGAUCUCCGAGAACGCCUAUGGUGCCGGCCACCCACACACCGCCCGGGAGCUGGACGCGCUCGCAGCCCUGUGCCAGAAACAGAACAAAUACGAACAAGCCGAGCAUUUCAGGAAAAAGUCCUCUAAAAUUCGCCAGAAAACUACAAGGAGGAAAAGCAACUUG